AUGGCCCCACGACGGAGGGCACAGAAAAGACAUGCUGCAGUGACACGUCGACCAACAACCCAUCCCAAGAACGAAUCCCAAGUGCAGUACUACACAAAUGCUUUGACUCGAUCUCAGACAGAUAAUCAGGGGACACACAGCAAAGCUACGAAACCAAGCUUGAUCGUCAAAUUCCCUUGGAGGAAUGCCACGAAUUCAAGCACUAGCGCUGCUCAUUCUAUGCAUGACUCUACGUCUUCCGAGAGAGAUGCAAUUCCAUUAACGGGCGACCAAAACAAUGGAGACACUACCGGAGGCAAUGAAGAGCCUUCAGACAUUUUUUCUAUGGCUCCAACCCAAGAUACUAAGCUUCACGGUAGCCCUCCAGGAUGGGCUGAGACCCGCCAGAGCAUCUGCGAUGCCAUCCCGUGGUUUCGAUCCCUUCAAGGGUCUACCUAUCAGCACAAUGGCAUUUGCUAUGGUAUUCUCAUCGAUGCAGACUGUGGAUCUCGAUUCUACAUGGAUGAGGAGAUCAUUAUAACUCGUGUCGGUGGUAGUUACACCAAAGGCCCAAAUGGAGAGCUCGUACUGGUGGAAGAUCAGCGUCUGGAAAAAUACCCGGCCAAAGCACUUUUGACUAGUAUGUUGAUGAACAUGCCCGUGGGAUUGAUUAUUGGCAACAAAAACGCCCAUUUAGGCGAUAGACUCCCAUAUCGCUACAAUGUCCUGGCCUAUUUUCGAAUUACCAAUAUAUGGUAUGAGAAAAUUGAUGGUCACGCCGGACUGAAGAUUCGCUUUGAGAAAGUGUCUCUUGCUGAAAAGAGCUGGUGGGCAGCAAGUAAAAUUCGAGACCCUCUGCCUCCUCGUGUGUUCCAACAAGGCUGGAUGUGUUUGCAAAAGGAUUGCGCAUAUUUCUGGAAACUUGGCGACCGUUACCCACCCACAAGCCUCACCUACCAUUGUGACUGGUUGAAAAACCGCUGUGAUCCUCAGGUUGCACCCAUCGUACCCCAUGAACCCCUUAUUCCAAAUUUUCUUGCAGUAAUGACUGCAUCAAAUGAUAUUGAGGGCACGUUGCGCGAUGCCUGGCGUGGCAUUGUGUGCCCCCAGUGCAAAAACUGCAUUCAAAGAGUUUUGUGGCAUGGUUGGAAAUGCAACACCGAUCCUGCAAUUGAGGGAUUGCCCGAGACGUGCACAUUUGAGCAAACAAUCCAGCUGAGACCAGUAUCAAUCGGCGAAGUUGUUGGCUCUCAUAGAGCCAUUCCAACAAAAAGCGCCAACAAGGCUGCAGGGCGGGAGGUAGAUCUUAUUUCUCACCUUCCUUACCACAAGCACAGAUAUGCCAUUCCAGGGGUUGGCUCUGUGACCCAUUUCCUAGCCAAUGCGUGCAUUAACGCACGCCGAGGUGGCCCUAACGACUUAUUUGAUAGUCUCCAGCAAGAACCUUUAGGUCUGAGGCGCUUUCCUCUUGAUAAUACCGUUGUGACAGGAAUGCUGACUUCUCACUUUGCUGUGAACUAUGGAAUGCCGUACAAAUACGUUGUUUCGGUGGCCUCGAAGGGCUUCAGUGAAGCGCCAGAUGCUAUCCUUCGUUCCCUUGGGCGACUGACAUGGGCAACUAAGCAGGCUGUCACGGCUGCUGGUGGAGCAUUCCUGCCACCAAAUGAGCUCCUUGCCCUCGGGUACUUCGAAGGGAUGAAGAUUGGAUUCCAUGAUGACGGUGAGGAUUCACUCGGUCCAACAAUUGCCACACUAUCUCUAGGAGCGUCAUCGACCAUGAAAAUCCGCAUGAAGGACCAGUACUACAACGGCCAGUCCAAGAGACUUGUGGUCCUGAAAGAUGACAUUAUUCUUCCCAAUUGCAGGAAUGAAAAAGCACGCCGGGAUUUGAAAAAGCAAUUUGAGGAGGGAGUUAUCACAAAGGCGGUUUAUGAUUAUCGCCGCACUUCCUUGUUCCACAAGCAGGGUUCGUCCGGCGAGGCACCUGCCCAGAUCCAACUGACUCUUCAUCAUGGUGACUUGGUGGUAAUGCAUGGCGAGAACCUGCAGAAGUACUACGAGCAUUCCGUCGUAUCGUCUAAUUUACUACGGUUUGCGUUGACUGCUCGAUAUAUCAAACCUGACUUCGUCAACGAGACCGAGCUGCCGAACGGAUACUUUAUGCUGAAUUCCGACCAGGUGUAUCAUGGCAACUGA